UCAGAGAGAGCGUCAGCCUCGCGAUAGCCUCGCCUAACCCACACUAGAAUCAAAGCUCCGCUCGCGAACUGGAUGCUGACAGGCGCGCGCGCGGUGCGGUCAUCAUGCAAAGGUUACAUUGGAUCCCUGUCAAGAAGCCGCUCCCCCGUAGGACCCUCUCGGGUGACAACAUGCAAGACGUCUAGCGGCGACGACGACGGGACUGACAGCCCCCCCUUUCCUCCUCCUCUUUCUCCACUAUCCCUCCUCUCCCUCGUCUUUCGCCGGUGUGUUCGUCUGCGGCAGGUGUCCAAAAACGAUGGACGCCGUAAGUUUGAGAUUUCCGCAAACGGCAGUGCGUGCGCUGGCUCCUCUCGGCGGUAAAGUGGCUUCAUGAGUGUCCAAAGUAACAGUGGAAGUGGUGGUGGAAGUUUGGAGGCGACGCCAUCUUGGUCACAGCUCUCCUCGUCCCCUACGAUUUCUCAACAACACAUAACGGCGUCCGCAAAGAUCAAGGAAGGAGCAAUGGAGGAGCUGCACAGCUUGGACCCCAGGAGGCAGGAGCUGCUGGAGGCCAGGUUUACAGGAGCUGUCAGCGGCAAUACGGGAGGCAGCACUGGGAGCGCCAGUGGAGGUGCUAAGGGUCUGGCCAAUGAAUCCUCAAACCACAGCUAUGGAAGUCUGGGUUCAUCCAGUGACAAGGAGUCAGAGAACUCUGAUUUAAAAAGAGGGAGCUCCCCUGCCUACUCAACCCCGGAGAAGAAGCACUCUGAAACUUCCAGGGGCCGGAAGAGGAAAGCCGAUACCUAUUCUGACAGCAGUCAAGGGAAGACUUCUACACGCGGGCCCAAAAUCAGUGACUUUUUUGAUUUUCAGGGUGGGAAUGGGUCCAGUCCAGUAAGAGGGCUUCCAUCAGCCCGCCGCUCCCCACAGAGUUCACAGUCUGCACCCGGCUUAAUCAUUCGUCAGAACAGUUCCUCUCCCACCAGUCUGUGUUUUGGGGAGCACACUCUCAAAGCCUCUUUAAGCAAAUGCAUCCAGACGGAGCUGACGGGCCUGAAACUCGCUGCCCUGGAGAGCAACAAGAGUCUGGACCUGGAGAAAAAAGAGGGACGAAUAGAUGACCUGCUGAGAGCUAAUUGUGACCUUCGGAGACAGAUUGAUGAACAGCAGAAACUCCUGGAAAAAUACAAGGAGAGACUCAACAAGUGCAUCACCAUGAGCAAGAAGCUGCUUAUAGAGAAGAGCACCCAGGAGAAGCAGUCGAGUCGCGAGAAGAGCAUGCGAGAUCGCCUGCGGCUAGGCCACUUCACCACAGUCCGACACGGCGCCUCCUACACAGAGCAGUGGACCGACGGAUAUGCAUUCCAGAACCUCAUCAAGCAACAGGAGAGCAUCAACCAGCAGAGAGAGGAAAUUGAGCGGCAGAGAAAGCUCCUAGCAAAGAGAAAACCGCCGAACCCUGCAUCUCCCUCGCUGUCGCUGGCCUCAACGUCUGAACCGAAACAACGCAAAACUAAAGUGGUGAACGGCAACGACUCUGACCCCUUUCUCAAGCCCUCUCUGCCCCAGCUACUGACCCUUGCUGAGUAUCAUGAGCAGGAGGAAAUCUUCAAGCUGAGGCUCGGACACCUAAAAAAGGAGGAAGCUGAGAUCCAAGCAGAGCUGGAGCGGCUGGAACGAGUGAGGAACCUUCACAUCAGGGAGCUGAAGAGGAUAAACAACGAGGACAGCUCGGCUUUCAAAGACCAUCCCACUCUGAAUGAGAGAUACCUGCUGCUGCACUUGUUGGGCAGGGGUGGCUUCAGUGAAGUCUACAAGGCGUUUGACCUGUUUGAACAGCGCUACGCAGCCGUCAAAAUCCACCAACUCAACAAGAACUGGAGAGAGGAGAAGAAGGAAAACUACCACAAGCAUGCAUGCAGAGAGUACCGGAUACACAAGCAACUGGACCAUCCCAGAAUAGUCAAACUGUACGACUAUUUCUCCUUAGAUACUGACACGUUCUGUACAGUCUUGGAGUUCUGUGAAGGGAACGACUUGGACUUCUACCUAAAGCAAAACAAGUUAAUGUCAGAGAAAGAGGCCCGCUCCAUCGUCAUGCAGAUCGUCAGCGCCCUGCGCUACCUGAAUGAGAUCAAACCACCCAUCAUCCACUAUGACCUCAAACCAGGUAACAUCUUACUGGUGGACGGUACAGCAUGUGGUGAAAUCAAAAUCACGGACUUUGGUUUGUCAAAAAUAAUGGAUGAUGACAACUAUGGGGUGGAUGGGAUGGACCUUACGUCACAGGGAGCGGGGACCUACUGGUACCUCCCACCAGAGUGUUUUGUUGUGGGCAAAGAACCACCGAAGAUCUCCAACAAGGUGGACGUCUGGUCAGUGGGAGUGAUCUUCUUCCAAUGUCUCUACGGACGCAAGCCGUUUGGUCACAAUCAGUCGCAGCAGGACAUCCUCCAGGAAAACACCAUCCUUAAAGCCACAGAGGUCCAGUUUCCAGCUAAACCGCAGGCCAGCACAGAGGCCAAGGCGUUCAUCCGGCGCUGUCUGGCCUAUCGUAAGGAGGACCGCUUCGACGUUCACCAGCUGUGCUCAGACUCAUACCUCCUCCCUCACAUGAGACGCUCUAACUCCUCGGGCUCGCUGCAGUCCUCCGCCUCAACCGUUCCCACCUACUGACUUAACGAAGCGACGGGGCCCUCAGGUCCAUCUUAACGGCAUUGGAGGAUAAUAAAUGUGCAACUCUUUUUCUUUUCUUUUUUUUUUUUUUGCCAGAGAUGUUUCAAGAUUAGAUAGUUUAGCAAAAAAAAAGUAAAAUGGAAAAUGAAAGGAUAUUUUUGCCUUCUGCCAAAAUAAACAAAAAAAAAAAGUUGCUCUUGAACUCUAUUGUGACACAGAGAGAAGGGGCAGACUACAGAAAAAGGCUGAAAAGAAGGAAAAUGGAGAUGAGAAUUGCAGAACAGAGAGUGCACCAAGUUUUUCUGCUUUAACCCUUAGAAAAUAUGACCCCGCCCCCCGCGCCAUCCUCUAGUUGCACUCUCCCAAAUCCACUCUGCAUUCAUCUCUACAUACUCGCAUAGUAAUAUACUUAAUCAGAAGACUAUAACACAAAGCCUUUGUGAGCAGCAGUAGGUGUGGAAAUGCUCCCUUCAUUUCACGGACGCACGAGGAAUCACCGAAUCUCAUCAGACUUCCUCUGAACAGCAACCUGGACUCAUUUUAAGUGACGCUGUAACUUUGAUGGGAUUGAAUUUGCACUUCCAGCCAAGGUCUCCAAGCGGAUUUGCUUAUCUGUCUUAAAUAUUUUAUUUUCUUGUUGCUCAGGCAAAAAAUCCGAAUGUCUGAGAGCAAGGUGUUGCAAUACGACGCCACGCCGGCGUUUCUGCAGACGGAGGCUGCCGUCAGGACGCAGAGGUCAUUGUACAUUUCAUGUUCAGGAGGCGUUACUCACUAUAGCAGAUAUAUUCUAACAAGGCUUCUCCUCCUCGCUUCCUUAGUGUCCCCAGUCUGUUUAUUUCCUCUCUAAAGCUGUUCUCAGUUCGCUGCUAUAACUGUUGCUUUUAGUUUGUUUUAACACGUGAAUGAAUUUCUCCUUGCAUCCAUGCAUACUUGAAAAUUAAGAGGAAAUUUCCAGAGCCUGUGUUGUUUUGAAGGAGUGCCAGAUUAUUAUUUUUUUCCUUUUCCUCUUCUACGGCCAACAUCAAAUGUCUCCUCAGAUUUCUGUUUGCUUAAUGGCUUAGAAGACCUAGUGUGCUGUGGCGUGAGGAAUAUUCCCACCUGUCAACAUCAGAGGAUGGGGAGAAAAGUUACUAACUUCAGCGGGAAAAACAAAUGGAUGUAUCCAAAAUGUUGUCAUGGUGUAAAUAAAGAACUCUUACCUGUA